CCAGCUCAUACCAUUUCUCCCAGUAGUGAUCUCAUCACAGCCUAAAGCUGUGUGCUUGAGCUGCUGUGCACUCUGGGGGCAGUUAAAGCCUAAGGAGAGAUUUUCAAACAGAAAGAAAUGGAGCUCUAGAGAUCCCCGUAACUCUAAGCAAGUUGUUGUCUAGGGCAAUCGCCAUUUCCAUUAAAAAGGUCUUCCAUUUCCCACUGAUACUGCUCAGGUUGCAAGGAGAGCCAUUCUUCUGCUCCUGAAGGCCCUAGCUGCAGACACAGCCUUGGAAGGGAAGCUUGCUCUCAUGGCUACGGUGAAGGAAUGGGAAGCACGAGAUCUGGCAUGAAGUCCUGCUCCCAUUGAAGCCAGUGGGAUGUUUGCCAUUGGCUUCAGAGGAAGCCAAGAUUUCAGUCUGCAGCCAGAUUUGCUGGUGUGUUGAGCUGUGCUGAGAGCAGGACCAGAAACGGUUCCUGGUUUCCUGAUAAAGCUGUUACUGCCUCAGCUCCUCUGAUGCAGAUAGCUGGUUUCUCACCUCACAUUGCCCCCUGCUUGCUUUCAUGUUUUCAAUCUUAUUCUUAGGCCAGAAACUCUUUGAGGAGGAGAGACUGGCUGCAUGGUUUAUGCCUGUUUUACUGUACCAUGACUGGAGUUCCUGGACAUCCCCACCCGCAAAAUCAUCCCCUCCAUUGUGGAUUAUAGACAGUGCAAGAGGAUGGGCAUAAAGCAAUAGCAGAGAGCUGGGAUAAGUGGCUUAAAUGAAGUAAAACACAUGGGAUUUGCUCCAGGACUUCUCUUUCUAUUCAUAGUGUGGGUUUGGUCUCUACUGCCCCUUUCUGGGAACAUCUGUAAACGCAGCACAUCUGUAAAAAAAGGCAUGAAGGUUUAUCUCCUGGACCAAGAAGCUGCCCUGGCUUUCAUCACCUCUCCAGAUGCCACGUUUGACAGCACUUCCUCCUCCUGGCUAACCAUAGCUUGUGUUCUCUGGCCAUCUGGGACUUCAUCUUGUUCCUUGGACAUUUCCACAAAGAGUAGCUGGUGGGAGAGUCUUUCUGCACUCCAAGAGGCAGCACGGUCCUGGCAUGGCUUUCCCACAAUCCUGGUAGAUUUAAAGGCCAAGCAUCCAGUGCACCCACAUACCACGUUGACAGUCUUCUCAUGAGCAUGACCCCAGAUCCAGCUUCUCAUGGAGGAGACCAUGGCGAAACUCCCCUCUUGCAUCCAGGCCUUGGACCUACAAAGUCUUCCCUGUCAGGUUGCUGUCUACACAGUGCUGGUAUAAAAGAUGAGGCUGAAUGAGAGCCGGACAAGAUCCUUCCAGGCUCCUGUCACCAUCCAUAAUUACCCGGGCAGGCAGGUGUACGUGUUUCCCAGUGGCCGAUCUGAUUCAGAAGAGGAGGAGGAGGAGGAGGAGGAGCUCAAUGUUAUGGAAUUGCGACCGAGGGGCAAGGAGCAGCAGCGGUGGUGCAGCACUCCUCGGGACAGAGUUGGAGACGUGGUGCUUCUGGAACGAGAGAUUACAGAGGAUGAUAAUCUUUACAAGCUAGCCCUGCAGUAUGGUUGUAAAGUUGCGGAUAUCAAGCGUGUCAAUAACUUCAUCCGGGAGCAGGACUUGUACGCGCUGAAAUCCAUCAAGAUCCCUGUGAAGCCCCACGGGCUGUUAACGGAGAGCGGCGGAGAGCUGAGGCCGCCCGCGCCCUCCCAGCCUGGCCUGACGCUGGUGGACGUGCCGGAGCCCGAGGAGGGGGCGAGCGGCCCGGCUGGCAGCAGGCACCUCAGCGACUACUUCAGGGGGAUUGACAAGAACAUCCAGGACGCGGUGCAGGCGGAGGCGCAGCUGAGCGCCGAGUACUGCGUGGAGGCGCUGGAGAGGCCCCUGCCCGGGUCAGGGAAGCGGGACACUGGUAACGGAGCGGACUGUGGAAUCCAGUGGUGGAAUGCAGUUUUUAUUAUGCUCCUGAUAGGAAUUGUCCUGCCAGUAUUUUAUAUCAUCUAUUUUAAAACACAAGGCCUGGUGGCCCAUACCUCCAACACAACACUAACCUCGAAUACUUCAACAGUUGGAUUGGAAGGGAAAUUACCACAAAGCUCAGUUGUAGAAAAAAAAUCCUAAUGGGGAGAGGCAGCUCAAUACGGCCUCUCCUCCGGGCACUGGGGCCCUUACGCCAGCGACUCUGACUCAAGUGCAUUCAGGGGGAUAACAGUACAGAUGACUUUAAUUUUUUUAAGUAGCUGAUGUUGUAAUCCUGAACUCAACUGAAAGUUAAGUGAUGUGAUUUUUAUGGAAAGUAAGGAUGCUUUGUUGCUUAAAAAGGUCAUCAGGCAGCUGGCUUAACGUUUGUGAGCGCUGUUGAGGGGAAGUGUUUUGUAGCAAUUCACUCAUCCUGGUUCAGGUAUUUCUUAAUGCCUUGUCUAAGAAGUGAAUCCUUUUGCUGCUGAGAUAAAGAGUGCAGUAUUAAUGUGAUGGGAAAGGUGGGGGUGGUUUGCAUUUUAAGAAAACACUUUUUGCUUAGAGUAGAAGCGGGGGCCUCUUCUUUUUGUCUGAACUGUCAUUUUUAUUUCAUGGAGACCAAGGCAGUUUCAGCACACUUAACCUGACUGUGACGACUUCUGGUGUGUCAGGUUGGAUGUGCCAUGGCACGGGGACACUGCCAGCACCUCGCCUUUCAGCCCUUGAGUUGAAGCUGUGUUUAGGAGGAUGCUUCAAGCCCAGCGCUGGGAAGGGUGAGCCCAGACCUCUUCACCCCCGUGAAAUCCUGCAGAGGCUUCUCUGGGGAGCCGCUGUCUCUGCAGGAGGGAGUCAGCGUAGCGAUAGGCCUGUGGUCUGUGGUGCGCACUCCCUGCGAGCUGGUGUGUUGCAGGGAGAGGUUCAGCCGGUGUUACUUCUUAAAAAUAAUAAUAAUCCAUACUGGUGCAUCUCAGACACCCAGUUUCAGGCAUGGAGUUGAGUUUCCUUGGGUGUAGUCUUCACGGGAGAGAACAGUGCCAGGUUGUGUUUAAUUUGCAAGGCCCAGGAAAGACGAAGCCUGGCGAUACCCGAGGCAGUCACAGAGUGUAACGCCUGUAGAGGAGGGGCGGGUGUGGAAACUGCUGAUCCUUAAAGGUCUCUGCGGACCCCUGACAUUUGCAGUAUAAAGCUUCUGAGUGUGGAGGAAAGACUCAUGAUGCUUUGGAGGCUGGUGGUGGCCCGAGCUCUGCACUGGUCAGGACGCAUCACUACAAUCUGCACGCUAGAAGGGAGCAGAAAAUGAGGCGGGGGGGGCUUCGCUCUAGAGAAUAUGUCUCAGAAAUUUACUUAGCGGGCAGAGGUAAACGCUCUCCUGGAACUAAACACUAAAGUGUUUCGCAGCACAGUUGCAUGAAACCUGGCCGGGAGGCGGGAGGUGGCUGUGCUGGAAUAGCAGCCGGCGGCGAGGGGCUGGCGCUCUGUCUGUCUGUCUGUCCGCCCCCCCCCCGGGCGGGUUGGGCCAAGCCGCGGCAGGACGGGCUC